AUGGCGAUUCCCGGAGAGCGCUUUGUGCUCGAUCUGUCCGACGACGAGGCCGAACAACCCGUCGACCAGCCCCGCGCCGCCGCCGCACCUCUCAUCGAUCUCAUCGGCGAGAUCAAGGAACGCACUCCCAAGGCAGCUACGGCCCCGACUCCGAAGACCUCGACUGGCUUUCCCGUCGCCAAGGAUCGACGCGGACGUUCGGCCUUCAAGCAGAGACGCGCCGCCAGCCACAAUGCUGCUGCUGCUUCCAACCCGGUCGGCCACGCUCGGCCAGCCGCCGCAUCAAACACUCAGCCGGGCCGAGAAUCUAGCAUGGCGGAUGAAGAAAAGCAAAUCAUUGACGAGGAAAACAACCAAAGAUUAGCGGCCAUGUCUGAUGCCGAGAUUGAGAGCGAAAGGGCCGAGUUGAUGUCUAAUCUCUCGCCCUCCCUGGUUGAAAGGUUGUUGCGGAGGGCAAAUAAAGUUGACGAGCCAUCCAACUCUGACCAGCAUUAUUCGGCUGUUUUACCUACCGGUGGAGCUAAUCUAACAGAAAAUAAAACUAAAAGCACGGCAAAGUCAGUCUCCUUCGACCUCCCCGAAGCCGAGACUGAAAAAUCGACAGAACGGUCUGUUUUAGAUGGCAGCGAGGAAAUUACGACAGCGAUACAAUCUUCUGGUAUCGACGAGCGAGCCCCGGCCGCUCAUCCUCCAGAUCUACUUCCGGCAUCCGAAUUUCCAAAUGGUCCCGUCCAUUUUCCUACCCCUCCUCCCCGCCAAGGCCCCGUGCCCAAUCUCGAUCCGAACUCGCCCUCGUUCUACGCCGAUCUACAAGAGCAUUACUUUCCAGAUAUUCCUCAUGAUCCCUCUACUCUGUCAUGGUUGAAGCCGGUCGAAAACGACAAGGAUGAUCAUGCAACCUCAUCCCCAUAUCAUUCUUCUAGUUCUGCUACUACCAUCGUGCCAUCCGCUCUACGCUUUUCUCUUCGCGGCGAAAUACUACCCCCGUCCGAGUCCCUGUCGCUCCCUACUUCUCUCGGACUUCAUCAUCAUGCCGAUGACCCCGAGGCCGCCGGGUACACCAUAUCCGAACUUUCCAUACUUAGCCGUUCCACUUUCCCUGCACAGAGAUGUGUAGCGUGGCAAGUUAUCGGGCGUGUUUUAUAUCGAUUGGGCAAGGGGGAAUUUGGAGAUCCAGAACAAGAUCUCGUCGACGGCCUAUGGACCGUCAUCGAACGAGAGGCUGUCGUCCCUAGAAUGAUGGACGAGGCGGAGGGUGGCGGAAGCCAGGAGAAUAAGCCUCAGAUCGCGGCCACAGGGCCCAAGUCGAAUAUUGGAAAACAUGCCAGUGCCAAGGCAUGGGCAGUAGAGGGCAUCUGGCUAUGGCAAAUGGGAGGAGGCAAACGAGGCAUCCUCAAAUCGGCCGAGACAAGAAUGUGA